UACGUGUAAGAGGAAACUAUUCGAUAAUGUCAUUUAUUUUACACAGUUGCCAGCAUAACUGAUAUUAUAUUCAUAGAGAGAGAUUAUUGGGAGUUUCAAAACGUGAAGUGUUUGAGAUUUUCACAAUUACAUGAACAACUAAGACAAAAUGGCUCAAGGUUAUGGUUUCCUCAGCAGAGAGCUCCGAAUGGUUUUGAUUGGGAUCACUGGCUCUGGUAAGAGUACGACUGGGAAUUCUAUCCUUGGCAGGGCAUGUUUUCCGACUCAGUGCAGCGCACAAUCCGUGACCACAGUGUGUCAGAAAGGUAGCGGCUCUCGGUUUGACUGUGACCUACACGUCAUCGACACCCCCGGGCUCUUCGACACUGGCCGCUCUGACGCUGACGUCACCAGGGAGAUCUUGAAAUGCAUCGCCAUCUCUGCGCCAGGACCUCACGCCUUCAUCCUGGUCCUCAAGGUCGGGCGCUUUACUGCAGAAGAAAAUGCCACCGUUGAUUAUUUCAAGGAUGUUUUCGGCAAAGAGAUGCUACGCUACCUGUUUGUUUUAUUUACUGGCAUGGAUGACCUCGAGAAUGAUGGGGUUACCUUGGACGACUAUAUCUCAACGGCUCCACAGAAUCUGGCACAGCUGAUUCAAGAAUGCAAUGGGAAGUACGCCGGCAUAAACAACAGAGCGACAGAGCAAGUGAAAGAAUCACAGGUGAACUACCUGAUAAACAUGAUCAAGUCCAACGUGAAGAUUAACAACGGGACCUACUACACAACUGAAAUGCUCGCCGCAGCAGAGAUAGAGAUGCAAAAACGCGAGCAGCAAAUUCUGAGAGAGAAAGAGGAAGAAAUACGCAGAGAAAGAGAAGAAGUGGAAAGGAGGUGCAUGAUGAAACGAGAAGAGAUGGAGAAGCGCCUGAAAGAGGAGAACGGAUAUUUGCAAAUUGAGGUGCAAAGGAAAGAAAAGGAAAGUCAAAGAGAAUUGCAGGAAAUGGUUCUAAGGCAAAACGACGAGGCUCUCGAAAUGCAGAAACGACAGCAAGCGCUCAUCGAGAUGCUGGUGAAGCAAGGUGACAAUAUGAAGGCAGAAUUGGAGAAAGGAAAACUCCAAGACGAAGAAGAAAGGAUGAAGAGAAUCAUGGACGAAAAGAAGAAGAAAUUCGAGGAAGAAAGCAAGCUGAAGCUGGAGGAAGAGAUUCGCCGACUUUCUGAGAAGAUGGCGAGAGAUGAAGAGGAGCGCAAGAUACGGGACGAUGAAUUCAAAGCGUGUCUACAGAGAAUGGAGGAGAAACAUGUCCAGGCAGCCAGGCAACAGGCUAGAGAUGAAGCAGAAAGCGGGCUUCCACAAUUCCUUAAAUCAAUAUGGGGAUGUGUGAAAUCCUACAUACCAUUUUUAAAGUAUUUGAAGUAGUUUGGACGCUUGUAUUUUUGAAAAUUAAUGUUAACGAACAUGAGCAGUUUCUACAGAACUUACAUAACUAGCUAUUCUGCUUGAAAUCAAUGGCUUCAUCCAGUGAUCUACUUUGAAAGUAAUUUAACUAUACUAUUCACCAAGUUUAAAAUCCAUGGAACAAAUAUAUGUUGCCUAUUCUUUUCUUAAACGUAGGUGUUUAAGCAUUGUAAAUACAUGAAGUUGCAUGUGUUUUAAGACAAAAUACUAAUGCUGUUGAUACUAACUGUACUACUAUUAAUAUUACUACUAAAAUGAUAAUACAACUGUUGUUACUACCUGUACUAUUAAUAUUACUACUAAAAUGAUAAUACAACUGUUGUUACUAUCUGUACUAUUAAUAUUACUGCUAAAAUGAUAAUACAACUGUUGUUACUAUCUGUACUAUUAAUAUUACUACUAAAAUGAUAAUUCAAGUGUUGUUACUAUUGGAACAACUAUUAAUAUUACUACUAAAAUGAUAAUACAGCUAUUGACACUACCUGUACUACUAUUACAAUUACUAAUAAAGUUUUUGAAACUGGUA